UAUUAUUGCAUGCCAGUCAUGUCUUGCUCUUCCCUAAGCCUCUUUGAAAUCUCUCGCUGAUUUCUCUGACAAACAACAUACUUCUAUUGGUCACUGUAGCUCUACAGUGCAACAUUGAUUGCAGAAACUCUCCACUCCACUGCUUUGCACAGCAUUCUCCAGAUCAAUCACCACCAUAUUCCAAUCAAGAUGUCGCUUGCGCAGAACAGCAGCUUAGACUCCAAGCGCAGACGAUUCCAACCGCCCAUUACAACUUUCUUCUCUCCAGCUGUGUCCGACUCGAAUAGCACAGACGCUGCAUGCACCCCCCAUCUUUCUCACCACCACUAUGCCGCCGCUACCAAUUCUCCCACCCCCAUUCUCCCCGCCAAAAUCCAGUCCUCCCUCCUCUCCGUCGGCAUGCGCGUCCGCAAAUCAGUCGCUGAAGGUUACAAGACUAAGGGUGUGAAGACGUUCGAUGCACCUACCAGUACCAUCACUCUCUCCGCAAAGCAUGAACAUUACACCGGCAGAGGCCGUCCCACCGUCCGUGGGAAACUUGCUCCUUUCUGCGGCCUCUCCAAAUCAUGCGACUACACGAUCCAACCUCACUCUAAUCCAGUCUAUCGACUGUCCGAGACAACGGACUAUAACGUUGACAUCGUUACCGACGAUGGCGAUGCGUUCUCCCUUCCUCCCAGCAGUCAAGAGUCCGUUAACUCCGCCAACAAUGGCCAGAAACGAUCCUAUGACCCUGAUGAUGCGGAUGAAUACGCCAGUGACUUUGAACACAAUGUGUUUGUAACUACAGACCCCGUACCUGGUCGAACCAUCCUUUGUCCGAGCUCGGGACGCCAACGGCGGCGAUUCGUUGCGUUACAAAACCAAGCCAUUCAGCAGGGGACUAUGCAAGUUGAUGACUUCGAAGAGCCAGGAUUUCUUCGUAGGCGGGAAGAGGUUGAUACCGAUUACUUACCUGGUCGAAUGGGUAGUUGUGAGAUUGAAAUGGGAGGGGCAUGAGAGAUUUGAUGCUUUUCCAAGACUGAGCUGGUCUCAGUGAUAUGUUCAGGAGUUUGCGGCAGGGGCUGUCGAAGUUCUUCCCUAGUCUUCUUUUCCUUUCUCUGUAUAUGUUUACUCACACAUUUGCGCUUAUCGCAUUUUCUGUUUCUGCCUGUCUGAUAUGAUUCUACAAGGCAAUGAAUGUACAAAUACCCUAGGUUCUCGGGAAGCUUUUCCUGUUUUCCAUCGAGCCAAAUCUGGC